GGAGGCGGACGAAGGGGGCAGGUUCGUCGGGUGGUUCCGGGAGGCCUGGCCGUACAUCCGGGGCCACCGGGGGAGCACCUUCGUCGUCGUCAUCUCCGGGGAGGUCGUCGCCGGGCCCCAUCUCGACGGCAUUCUGCAGGAUAUAUCGCUUCUACAUGGCCUUGGGAUCAAAUUUGUUCUUGUUCCUGGAACACAUGUUCAGAUCGAUAAGCUCUUGGCUGAUAGAGGAAAGAAGGCCAAUUAUGGUGGUCGUUACCGUAUUACAGAUUCUGAUUCAUUAGAUGCUGCGAUGGAGGCAGCUGGCAGAAUACGCCUUACCAUAGAAGCAAAGCUAUCUCCUGGUCCCCCAAUGUUAGAUCUUCGUCGACAUGGUGUUAAUGGUCGCUGGCACGAAAUCUCUGACAAUGUUGCAAGCGGGAACUUCCUAGGUGCUAAGAGACGAGGAGUUGUUGGUGGCAUUGACUAUGGAUUCACUGGUGAAGUUAAGAAAAUAGACGUUUCGCGGAUAAAAGAAAGACUUGAUAGGGAUAGCAUAGUUGUCGUGAGCAAUAUGGGAUACUCCAGUGCAGGAGAGGUGUUAAAUUGCAACACAUACGAAGUUGCGACGGCAUGUGCUUUGGCUAUCGAGGCGGACAAGCUUAUCUGUGUUGUCGAUGGCCAAAUAUAUGAUGAGCAUGGCCGAGUCAAUCGUUUCAUGUCUAUCGAGGAAGCAGAUAUGCUGAUCAGAACACGCGCUAAGCAGAGUGAAACUGCUGCAAAUUAUGUAAAGGUUGUAGGGGAGGAGGACAAUAGUUAUGCCCACAAUUUUCCUAUCAAAGAGGAGAAAGAACAAGUAUGGGUUGGAAGAGAUUUCGUUAGUGAUUACACUGCAUCCUUUCGGAAUGGUGUGGGUUUCAAUAAUGGAAAUGGUCUGUCUGGUGAGCAAGGAUUUGCUAUUGGUGGGGCAGAGCGAUUGAGCAGGUCAAAUGGCUACCUUUCAGAGUUGGCUGCAGCAGCAUACGUAUGCCAUGGUGGUGUCCAAAGAGUUCAUAUCAUAGAUGGCACUGUUGGGGGGUCAUUGUUACUAGAAUUAUUCACAAGAGAUGGUGCAGGAACACUAAUAGCAAGAGAUAUGUAUGAAGGAACAAGAACGGCUAGAGAGGAAGAUUUUUCUGGUAUUAGAAAAAUCAUUCGUCCCCUAGAAGAAUCCGGUGUCCUAGUGCAGAGAACAGAUAAAGAGCUUUUGGAAGCACUGAAGUCAUUUAUUGUCGUCGAAAGAGAUGGUUCAGUCAUUGCAUGUGCUGCUCUCUUUCCCUUUUUUGAGGAUAAAUCUGGGGAAGUUGCUGCUAUAGCUGUAUCUGAAGAAUGCCGAGGACAGGGUCAAGGAGACAAGUUACUUGAUUAUGUUGAGAAGAAGGCAUUAUCCCUUGGUCUUGAGAAAAUAUUCUUGCUUACCACACGGACAGCGGACUGGUUUGUCCGGCGUGGCUUCAAGGAAUGCUCAAUGGAGUCCAUCCCACUGAAGAGGCGAAAACGAAUCAACCUCUCACGCGGAUCAAAAUACUACAUUAAGCGGCUCCAGCCAGCAGAGAUUAGACAUAUGUCUGCCAACAAUUUUGCGUUGAAAUGAUCUCUGGAAGCAAACAACAUAGGAAUCUAGUUGCUGCAUAUGAGGUUUAUAUGAUAACCUCUGUAGCUGUUGUACAUUGUAGAAUUGUAUAAGGUAUAAAGUCAAGUGAAUAGUUGCUAACAAGCGUCUGUAGAGUAGGACUAAUAUUUAUCUGGCUGAUAGUUGUGAGGCAUCUGAUGUUCUUGUGUGACCACAGUAGGAGACGGUAUAAAGAUCGGUCUCCUUCGGUCCUUCCCAGGAGAAAUGGAUCUGGCUAGAAAACUUGCCAGUGAGUUUCUGUCUCGUCUUUGGGUGGAUGCAUGGAACAGCCGCCCUUGUAGUGUUUUGAAUUUAUGAGGAGCAAUAAACAUAGGGGAACACGGCAUAUAUUUUAUUUA